GUUCCUGGUUCAAGCGCUACCUUGCUCCCUGCGUUCAUUCAUUCAUUCAUUAAUCCAUCCAACCCAUCCAACCGCCGAGAAAGAAGACAGCCGUAAAACUCUGUUUAAAACAGCAGACAGUCCUUAAGAUUAAGCGUCUCUCAGGGACUCUCAGCCUGCUCUCCCUCUGCGGCCUCCCUCCUUUGUGCACACCAACUUUUGCACUCAACAACAAGCAAGAACCAUGGCCCAGCAACAGCAGAUUAGCCUCCCAGCCAAACUGAUUAAUGGAGGGAUUGCAGGCAUGGUGGGAGUCACCUGUGUGUUCCCAAUUGACCUGGCCAAGACCCGCUUGCAGAACCAGCGCAGCGGGCAGCAACUCUACAAGAACAUGAUGGAUUGCCUCAUAAAAACGGUUAGAUCUGAAGGCUACUUUGGCAUGUAUAGAGGUGCUGCAGUAAAUCUAACCCUGGUAACCCCUGAGAAGGCCAUCAAACUAGCUGCUAAUGACUUCUUCCGCCACCAGUUGAGCAAAGAUGGUGGCAGGUUAACAGUGUUCAAGGAGAUGUUGGCAGGAUGCUGUGCAGGAAUGUGCCAAGUCACUAUCACCACACCGAUGGAGAUGCUCAAGAUCCAGCUGCAGGAUGCCGGCAGGCUAGCUGCCCAGCAAAGAGUGGUGCCCAGCGUAGUCACUCUGAAGAUGGGGGGAACCAGUGCUGUUCUCAGCCGCUCCUACAACACCAGCCCUCAAGUUAGAGUGUCCGCCACACAGAUCACCAGAGAGCUGCUGAAGACUAAAGGAGUCACAGGGCUGUACAGGGGGCUCGGAGCCACAUUGAUGAGGGACAUCCCGUUCUCUGUCGUGUAUUUCCCUCUUUUUGCACAUCUGCACCAGCUCGGCCAGCGUUCAUCUGAAGACCCAUAUGUGCCCUUUUAUUGGUCCUUCAUGGCUGGCUGCACGGCUGGAUGCGUUGCUGCUGUUGCUGUCAGCCCUUGUGAUGUGGUCAAGACAAGGUUACAAUCUCUCAAAAAAGGAGCUAAUGAAGAAACUUACAAUGGAGUUAUGGACUGCGUCAGGAAGAUCCUGAGAAAGGAGGGGCCCGGAGCGUUCCUCAAGGGGGCCAGUUGCCGGGCCCUUGUUAUUGCGCCACUCUUUGGCAUUGCCCAGGUUGUGUACUUUGUAGGAGUUGGAGAGUUCUUGCUGGGGUACACACCCUACAACAUCUACUCUGCAUAAACAAGCUGUUUCCUAGUCUUUCUGCUGCCUCAUUAAAUUACAGGCAGCUAUGCCCCUGCGCAUAGCCAUGGACCCAGCUCUCUGUUACUGUGUACCUUCUUUAUUGUUGGAGGCAGAACACUAAAGGGACCAGAAAGAUGCUAUUCUAGUUCAAAAUGGGUUCAAAUGAUGCCUUUUAGCAUGACUUCAUCUCAUUUAAGAGAUUGAAUCCGCCUGUCUAAAUGGGCUUCAGUGGAGAUUAUUGCAAAAACAGAAUUGUUUUGUCACUGAAGGACUUGAUAGUCCAACUUUUACCACCAUUUCUCUCAGAUCAGACUUGACUCUAGUCCUGUGGCACCUAACCGUUUCUUAGAGAUAGCCUUUAUCCCUAAAUAUGUCUGAUAUAAACUGCCCUUCACUGUAGCCCUAACCUGUACAUCCCCUUCAAAUGGCCAAAUUUUUAGAACCACUCGAUGACAUUGAUGUUACAUGGUGUUGCAAAAGAAACAGAAUGAGUUUGAAGUAGAAUCUACUAAGUAAUAGUAAUGAUAGAAAAUGGAAACAUUACUUGAAUAGCUUCAAUCCUUUUGUAAAGGGUUACAUGUGAAACUGGGUGUUGUCAUGUAUAUAGUGUAUAAUCUGAUAAAUAAUGUCUGACAAAAUGAUUGUCAGGUGUAGUCCUCUGUACAAACUGGUUUGAAGAACAUCUGGAAAACAGAGUGUUGGGGGGCUCAUAGCUUACAAACGAAACAUUUGAACAUCCUGUCCACCAGUACACUAAACUGGGAUCCUGUGUUGUAUUGCUUUCUGCUAGGAGUGAUUCUUGCUGCCAUUGCUGGGUAAACCAUUGCUUUUGAAUGGUUUGCCCAUCCUUUUUUAUCUACACUACUUUUAGAGUUGGUUACAAGACCUUAGCUUACUGUAGGUGCUUGCUGGUGUUUAUUUUUCAGAACAGUUGUGGUUGAGGUGUUUGGGCUUUUUUUUUUCUUCACUGGGCACUGUGGGUAAACUCUGUGGCAGCCUACUCUGUUUAUAUAACAUGCAAGCCUGAAUAAGACCUGCUGGAGGAAAGGAGAUGUUCGAUGGUGGUUAACUACUCUAAUGAUGGACAAGCCUUUUGUUUCAAUGUGCCUUUGGGACCAAGUCUUCUGGAAAAGGUGCAACAUGACCAAGACAUGGCCACUUUCUCUUAGUUGAGUGUGGUUGUACGUUACUGGUCGGUUAGAGAUUUAGGAGUCCACAUGAGUGUAUCCUGUUAGGUAUUUAGAAGCAGACCAGAGUGCAAUGUUUGGUUGUACUCGCCCAAUACUGGAUAAUUUCAUGGGUCAGAGUACUUUUAACAGUGCUAUGUAUAUAUGUAUCCUGUAUUUUUUUCAAUUUUCUCAAACUGUGCAAACUCAAAUUGAAAGCAGCUUUAACAGUUUCAACCAGUUUAAGUGUUUCAACCAGUUGAGGAGAUAAUUAUUUAUUUUUUAAAUUAAUCUUAGAAAUACAUAUGUAAAUAUAGGUUUCUAAAUACUGAAUAAAUAUUUAUAAAUGCA